AUGGCUCGCUUCUCCAGCUCUUCGAGCCUUGCGGAAUACUCUGCCUUUUUUGCAAGACUGCGCAUGGCACUCUCGCGAUUCUUGAGGAUCCUGAGGCGCUUCCUUUCCUCUGCGGAAAUUUCGGGGUUAGAAGUGCGGCGGCCACCCCGCCUCUUCUUGGUGGGAGGCUCGGUGCCCACGGCGGUAGCAUUUACAUCGUCUUGUUGUGGUUGCUGCUGUUGUUGGUUGGCAACAGAGGUCAUGGUAUGUGAAAGAGGUGCUGGCGGCAGACCAGAAGGAGAAAUGAUAAGGUGGGGGAGGCGGUGCAAAGGGGGAGGCGGAGGGGGCGACUGA